CCCAUCGAAGUUAUUGAGGAAAAAGCAUUUCUUUCUCUUCCAGACCUUAAAGUAUUGAAUUUGCUUGACACUCAGCUGCGCAUGCCGUUGGACGUUUUUCCGCUCCAAGUUGUGGCUCACUACACUAUAUUCCAGAGUGUGAAAACAAACACUGAUAUGAUUAUACGACUGGAAGUUACAUUAGGGCGCAACAAAGGGCUUGUGUACAUCUUUCAGUCAUUUGGAUAUGUUUGUGAGGAAUUGGAAUUGGAAUUUAAUGUGUGGCACUGCUCGGUCUGUAGCAGAGGAACAUACAAGUCUCAAGAAUUCAUGUCUUGCAUCUCGUGUCCACCAGGAGGGUUCUAUCAAGACGAGAUGGGUUACAUGGGAGAGAAGAUAUACGGGCUUGGGUGCAAACAAUGCCCGCCUGGUUCGUACGUUAAGCCUGACAGAGCACCAGGAAAAUCACAGACUGACUGUCAAUCAUGUCCCAURGGAACAAACCUCAAAGCAUUUGCUAAGUUUCGUGCUUGCAGCUGCUUGCAAGAUUAUUACCGUCUUGAUCGAUUUGGACCUUGUGUCACAUGCACAAAAGGUUACGUGUGUUCAAAUGAGACUGUGGAUUUGGAAGCUGGUUUUUAUUGGGUCUGGAAAUCCAAGGAAUCUCAGAUAGAUUACGAGGCUUUCAAAAAAGACUUGAACGAUUCCUCUGAUAAAUCUGGGAAAAGGUCGUUUGAAGGUGUUAUCCCAAUCGCCUAUGCUUGUCCGAAUGGAGAAUCUUGUCUUGGUGGAACUCACUCUAGUUGUCAAGCUGGUUACACUGGACCACUUUGCGCUGUUUGUGAUGCUGGAUAUUUCACCAGUAUGGCAAAAUGUCGGAAAUGCCCAACUCUCCCCUGGAUUGUUACCCAAAUAGUCGUGACACUUUUUGCAAUGGCCGUUCUUAUUGCAGUUGUCCUGUGGGAAAAGAAGAAGGAAGCAAAAACGUUGUCCAGGUCAUUAGCUGACAUCUUCCUUGCAAGGCUCAAAAUCGUGAUUGGAUUCUACCAAGUUUCAUCCAGCAUUUUUGAUGCGUUUUCAUACAUCAAAUGGCCUGCUCCGAUACUCACAAUGAUGACCUAUGCAAAAUUAGCACAGCUYAACUUGCUGCAAAUCGUUCCACUGAACUGUGUCAAUAAUUCAGUYAAGGUCGACGCGUACACUCGAUUUUCGAUUGCUACCGUCACUACAUCACUUGUUAUCUUUGCAGGUGUCCUUUUCAAUUCUUUUGUAAAUUAUUCUCCAAAGAAAAAGAGCACACGUACAGCAAUCAAUAAGGAGAAGGCACUUCWUUACAAAGAGAAGUCCUACCGCCUCAUGUUCUUGAUCCUCUUUAUUACGUUUCCAUCAACCUGCACUCAAGUGAUGCAAAUACUACCUGCAGCCUGCCACAAGAUUUGUUCACACGAUGAUCAGAAUUGCAACUCUUAUCUAAAAGGAGACUAUUCGGUGCAGUGUAGCACAUCAAAGCACGAUGUAUAUGGCUCUUUAAGYACAGCAUCCAYUUGCUACUGCAUUGGCUUUCCAUUGCUCCUYUUCUUGAUCAUGAARCACGGCCAAAGAAAUCAAAAGCUUAUUGCAMCAUCGUCACCCAACAACACCGUCAUGUUCAAUUCAAUAAGAUUUCUCUAUGAAAACUACUCUCCAAGCUGUUGGUUUUGGGAAAUUCUAGAGCUGGUGCGAAAAGUGUUCUUUACYUCCAUGCUGGUAUUGAUGGACUCAGAAAGUCGGUUAAGCUUGGGUCUGAACGCUAUCUUAUCAGGAAUGUACUCUAUCUUCUUCGCCCUCUGGAAGCCCGUUGAAGAUACCUUCGAGUACUGGCUACAGUUAGUAUCUCUGCUCGUAACGUCUGUGAAUUUUACAGUUGGUAUGUUGCUGAAGAUCCCUCAAGACGAAACGUCGUCGAGCGUGAGCGGAGGGUUCGACUCGCUUGCAGUGACCAUUCUGUUGACUGCAGCUAAUGCCGCAGUUAUAUUCAUCAUUGCAGUGAAGUACAUAACAACCCUUGUGAAGACCUUGAUACAGUUGAAGAAAGAGCCACAAUGUAACAUCACAUGCUGCCUUGAGGUGUUCCAGUUGGUGAGCGAUGCACACGGAGACGUGUCGGGAAUAUGUACAGAGCCCAAAAUGGCAUCAGGACUGAUUGGUAGUAACGAGCAGCAAGGUAUAAGUAACAUACCAGAAGAUGCAGCAUUUGAGCUCCAAGAAAGGGAUGAUGACUCCAACGAAGACAGGAAGAAGGCACCAGGACUGAUUGGUAGUAAAGAGCAGCAAGGUAUAAGUAACAUACCAGAAGAUGCAACAUUUGAGCUUCAGGAAAGAGAUAGCGAUAAUGACACCAGAUAAAGAGAAAAAGAAAAACUGGAACGCUUAGUGAACGAAUGAUACUUAAAUAUUAGAUCUCUUUACYUUGGGCGUAGAAUUUCCUAUUUCAGACCAUGUGUCAUUCUCUAGAGUAUCAUUUCUUUGUUUAUCAUGCUUGGCGCAUAAUCAUGAGAAGACGCAUGAAUAUGAAUACAGUUCAAACAAGGUUGACAAAUGGUUUGAAAUGCAAAAACUUUAAGCCUGAGCUAAACGUUUCUGAUUGGGUCUAUGAAUUUAUUUCAUUAUGUAAGCACAAUUCAUUGGUCCUGUAAUCAAGCAUUGUUGAAUCUGAGUCAACAGAGCCAGCUGAGUUGACUGCAUUUCCUUAAUGGGAUUAUGGCUCAACUAUUUUUGGUUACCAUUUUCCUAGCAGGGGCUGAGUAYGAUGUASAUUUCUCGUGUUGAAAGAAUUAAAUUUCCUCUAAGAGUUCAACUAGUUGCAUUUACGAUGAAUUUAAAAAAAGGAGAAAUUCAUAUUUCAUAGGUUGUCUUGACAGAAUCAUGGGAAUCAUGGGAAAUGCUAAUCAAAAUGCAAUGUUGAAUCCUCAAUUCUCAWUGGUUGACCUUGAGGUUGUUCUGAAGGUCAACUCAGCUGGAAWGAAAAUUGUUGGAGUAUGAUCGUUUUGAUCAUAUUUACUAAACUUUCAUUAUAAAUAUAUAUACUACCCUAUUAUAGUUAUUACACUUUCAAAUCUAAGACCUUACAUUUUUGAAGGUUCUUCAUUAUUGUCUCUAUGUAUCUUGUAAUGUUUCAAAUACAAGUUGCUGUAUUCUGUUGGGGUUUCGAAAUCCRAGUGGAAUUUCAAAUGCCGAGGCAUAGCCGACACGACAUCUUAUACUCUUUUUGUUAUGUUUGUUUUUAUUUCAAAGUUCUAGUACUUUGAAACAUUUCAAAGUCUGAGUAGUAGGACUUUGAAAUAUUUCAAAGUACUAGAACUUUGAAAUGGGUGCGGUCGUAUUUGAUGGGGGUUUUAAACUACUGCACGUGUUACAAAUAAGAAACCCUGGUUGGUUGAUGAGCUCAUGAAUUAUUAAUGAGUAUAAGAUGUAUAUAUCACAACACCAUAUAUACACCCAUUCAGUUUCAGUUUGGGCAUCAUAUUUCUCAUUUCAAGCCAUAUGUCAUUCCCUAGAGUAUCAUUUAUUUGUUUAACAUUUGUACAGUCAUAAGACUACACUUGAAUAUAGAUAUAAAUUAAAGUGUAUAUGACAAGAAAACAUUUC